AUAUAUAUAUAUAUACAUAUACAUCCUGAUUAUGCGGCUCAAUUUGCAUUCUUUAACAUAGUGUGAGCUAAUUCAAAGGUUGCUCAUGAAAAUGCGUUGGAUAAUGCUCAUUAGUAUUUUUGGAAUGAUACAAAUAAUUGCAUGUCAAGUUGCAUGUCCCGAUGGCUGGUUUGGUCCAAAAUGUCAGUUUCAAUGUCACUGUCAGACAAAGUGUGACUCAACAGGCGAAUGUGAGGAGAAUUUAUGUAGUGUUGGAUGGUUUGGUUACAAGUGUCAAUAUCAGGAUUUCGUGUCUAGAUUUGAAGUUCAAGACCCUGAUCCUGAAAGACAACUCUCAAGGUGGUCCAAAGGAGAUGAUUCUGACUGCACUGAGGAUACAAGUAUAAAAUUAGUCGAAAUCUAUUUAAAGAAACCAUUUUUAUUUACUUGGAUAAGUUUGACAGUCAAGAAUCCAGAGUUACUCAGAAAGUUCAGUAUAACACUCGUCAGUAAUUGGAAGAAAUGGGACUGCGAACAGACGAUUACAUCCAUUGUCAAAAACACUGUCAAUAUACGGUGUGAGAAGAGAGAAUAUGUGAAGAAAAUUAUUCUUACAGGAGAUGGGGUUCACUCCCUUUGCACCAUACACGUCAGCAACGGUCGCAACAUGGCGCUAAAACGACCUGUAACAACAGAUUUAAACGAAGUUAUCACAGGUUUGACAGCGAUAGGAGACGGCAAUACAGACACGAACCUCGCAGGAAGUUGCACAGCGAUUGAUGAUGUGAACAUGUUACCGUCAACAUCUUGGUCUCUUUCUUUUGAGGAACCUGUCCUAGCUAGUAGUUAUACAAUUAUCAGCAAAGGCAAUUACACCGGACAGGGUGAUCUUUUAGUGGAAUUCUACGAUAGGAACAAAAAUGUGAUAAUCAUUUUGAUGGAUUCCUACAAUGCUCAACUGUAUUCCUAUGAUCACAAGGAACCUACAUGGGGUUUGAAAAUAACGUACAAACAGACCGACUCAAGCUCUUUAGACUUUUCCCUUUGUCAAAUUUCUGUCUUUGGAGAGUGUGUACCUGGCCGAUGGGGUCUAGACUGUAAAAACUCCUGUGGUAGUGAAUGUCGGUUCUCUUGUAAUGAAUCUGACGGAACAUGUCCAAUUGAUUGAUUGGUUACAAGUGUCACGAUUUAUUAAGUGACAAUUGAUUAUACAAGUUGGAUUAAUUAAAGAUGAUUUGCUUCACUUAAA